AUGCGCUACCAUAAAAGGUCCGCGGCAGCGCAGAUAAAGCCGUCCCCGCCGCUCCGCCGGGAUCAGUUUUCCCCGCUAAUUGCUGUUAGUGACACCGGCCCUGGGCACCAUUUGCCGCCCCGGCUUCCCCCCCAGCGCGGCUCCUCCUCGGGGGUCAGGGGCGAGGGUCGCGUCCCGCCGGGACUGCCAGGAGCGCCCGCGGCGGCGGCCGAGCAGGACCCGGAGCGGGAGGAGCCGCGGCCGCGCCCGGGCGCCGCCCCGGGACCCCCCGGCGCUCCCUACAAGGCGCAGGAGGAGGCGGCGCGGCCGGAGGGCAGCGGGGCAGCGCCGGCGCUGCCGCGGGCGAGGGGCGGCCACACCUCCCCGCCGGGCGGCGGCGGCCUCGCCCGGCACCCGGGGCGGCUCGGGGUGGGCGCCCCGCCGCGCCGGGGAACGGGAAACUUCGGGGACGCGGCGGGGCAGGGGGAAGGGGAAGCGGCGCUGCCCGCUCCCCGCCGCCGCGCUCGGCCAGGCCGGCGGCGCUGCCCCGGGCAGGGGGGUCGGGUCUGCCGCGGAGCCCGGCGCGGGCGGGGCGGAACGCCAGCGGCGGAGGCACAGACGGUGCCGCUCUCCGCCCGCCGGGGCCGGCCCCGCUCGCCGCCCGCCGCUCACCUUCACGGGUCGGGCCGCGCUGGCGUCCGCGCUGGAGCUGCCGCCGCCGCCCUGGGCAUGUCCGGGAGCGCUCCGGGAAGCGCCGCUCCGGCCGGGCUCAGCCGCUCAGCCCCGCCGCUGCUGCUGCCGCCGCCGCCUCGGCCGCUGCCAUCUUGUCCUGGCGGCUGCGAGGGAAGAGCCCCAGCUCAGCCCGCUCGACAGACCGGGCCUCCGCCUCAUCUUCCCGGGGAGGGACCCAACCCGCCCCCGGCCGCCGCCUCCUCCGCCUCCGCCUCCUCCCGCCUCCGCCCUGCCCGCGGCGGCCUAGCGGCGUCCGCCACCGCCCAUCGCUCCGAGCGGCGGGCCGCGGCCCCGCCGAGCGCUGCGGAGGGGGCGCCGGCCGAGCCCCGCUCCGGCGCGCCCCGGCCCCCGCCCAGCCCGCGGGGCGCAGCCUGCGGGGCGCUCCCGCCGCCGCCCGCCCACAAAGAGACUUCCCCAGCCAGCCCUGAAAACAACUGUGAAGCACCAACCUUCCAGAUCUGGUCUGGCAUCCUUCCCUGGCGAGCAGUCCUUGCCACGCUAGCCCGAGCCCAUCAGACACACCAGCAGCUAUAG